AUGAAAGAAUGGUUAUUUGGUCGCUUCAAGUUAUUUUCAUAGUUAUUCUAUUAAUUCGUAAUGGGAGCUUCGAAUUCAAUGCAACAAUUAAUGAAACAAAAUUUUUUCUUCCGUCAAUAGAGCCAUGUGACAACAAAGAAGAUAUAUGUGGAAAGGACAGUCGAGUGCGCUGCGUAUUUAAUUUGACGAAGGAGGAACCACUCUGUGAAUGCAAAGAUUUUGAAAAUCUAAUAUACGAUAAAAUUCUGAAAAAAUGCAUUAGUGAAUGCGAAUGGAAUGAAGAUUAUUGUGGUGAAAACAGUGGCGCCACCUGUAGGUACGACGAAGAGAAGGAACAAUUAGUUUGCGACUGCGGUCACGAAACUUUAGUGUACGACAAAGAGAAAAAGAAAUGCGAAAGCAAUGCAACUGAGAAUAUCAAUACCUGUCAAAAUGAACAAUGUGAAAACGGUGGAACAUGUGUGACAAAAGAUGGGGAAAACUACAAAUGCCAGUGCUUAGAAGGCUAUGGUGGAAAACGAUGCGAGUCUGAUGAAUUGUGCGAAGUUUACAAAGAAAAAAUAUGUGGCAAUGCGUCAUGCAAAUACGACAACGUGACGGGCUCGUGCUACUGUUAUUGUAAGAAAGGUUUUUAUUUCGAUGCGAGGGAGAAAACAUGUAAAAGUUUAGAUCCUUGUAUGCGGAAACAAAUAAAUGGCGAAUGUAAUCGAAAUCAUGAGAUUUGUUCUUCUGGAGAGUGUCAGUGUGAAGUUGGUUACAGAUAUUCGACUGAUAGAAAUGCGUGCAUACCUGAUAAUUGUGUUUCAAAAUAUGGCAGACCACGAUGUACAAAAAAUAUGGAGUGCAAAGAAAAAGAAGGGAAAUAUAGUUGCCACUGCAUGGAGGGUUUUUAUCGAAUGAAUAAAGAAUGCGUGAAAUAUGAUUACUGUACACCUGGAGAAUCAAGAUGUCCUCAAGACUGUAGAGAUGGUAAAUGUAUCUGUUUCCAAGGCUUUAAAAUAGGCGACGAAGGGGAGAAGUGUGUGCCAGGAGGAGAAGUUGAACUAUGUGACAUGGAUUGUGACCCAGGAGUUUGUAUGAAAUCACGAGGUGUCGAAAAAUGUGUUUGCCCUAGAAUUUCUCAUGUCGUUGCAAAUGGAACCUGUACAGAUAAGUGCAGAGCAGGCUACAUUAAAAGCGAUGAAUGCCCAGAUGGAUGUAUUACUGAUGAUAUUUAUGGCUACAAGUGCGAAUGUGCAGGGAGAUUCAAAUAUGCCAAAGAUGGCGUACACUGCGAAAAUAAGGGCAUGUGUGAAGAACCAUUUGCCAAAGAAGAUUGUUUUGAGAGAAACGGCUUGUGCGAAGACAAUUUUGAUUUGAUCUAUGGAUAUGAUUGUAAAUGCAGGGACGGUUAUGAGAAAGACUACUUUGGUACAUGCAUACAUAAAUGUCGAAAAUUGUCUGAUUAUUGCACAGUUAGGCAGUCAUCCUGUGCAUUGUAUGCAGACGACAUAGCAUGUUCUUGUCUACCUCUUUUGGCGAAAGGACUUGAUGGAGCAUGCCACGAAAUAGCCCGCUAUUCCUACAUUGGUGACUUCAGGACUCCCAAAACAUGGCAUGGAAAUACUGAAAAGGGAUUUGAUGUGCUUGGAGAGAUACCCAACUAUGGCAAACUCCAUAAGGAGUUCGACUUAGCUAUGGAAUCCAUUUUUGAUGGUUACAGGAACUCUACUCUACUCAAAUGCAUUAAUGAACAGGAAUAUUGGAAAUGUUCAUUCGAAAUAAAAUUAGACUGGGAUCCACAGGAGAAAAUAAAUUUGAUAUCAACUCCAUCAGUUUGCUUACCAUUGCAAGAUGGAAUACACUGUUUGCUACCACCAAAUUUCGUUAUAGAAAAGAUAAGCGAAGAUAUAUUUCAUGAAACAAAUCCUUGCGACGAAGAUAUAAAGUCAACGUUUUGUGGUGAAGAGACAGAAUGUCACAUCGUGGAACCACCUCGGUUGGGGUACCAAUGCAGGUGUAAGAAAGGCUUUCAUGUAAGAACCACUAUGAGACCUGCCUAUAAUAUCACAAUUGAACUUUGUGAAGAUAUAAAUGAAUGCAUGGAUCCUGAAAUUUGCCCCAACACGACGCAAUGUAUGAACUUAUAUGGAAGUUACAAAUGCAUUUGUGAAGAUGGACAUCGUUUGGUGGAAGGCAAAUCUCCCAAAGUUUACGGGUGUAAAGAAAUUUGCAGACCUAAUCCAUGCUUACAUGGCAGUUGCGUCGUGACGGUGAAGAAUGGAUUUUUCUGCAAUUGUGAAGGAAAAUAUUCUGGUCGUUUUUGCAAUGAGACAAAGGAAAUCGAUGUCAGACCACCAAAAAAUGAAGUCAAAAUUUGGGCCAUUACUGCAGGCAUUGCAGUUGGUACUAUUUUGGUGUCUGCUGUAAGCUGUUUCUUCCUACAUCGUCGUUGUUCGAAAAAUAAUGAGGAUCAAACCCAUUUACAUUGAUGGUAUGAUAUGAAGGGAAGAAAUUUUAUAAAUGAUGUAAGAAACUUAUAAUGGCAGCAUUUUGAAUUUAAAGACUUGUGAUCUUCGCAGGAAGAGAAGAUUCGAAGUUUUCAUCAAACAUGCGAG